AUGUAUGAUCUUGAGAAGGUCAUCAUUAUUGGAGGAGGGCCCACCGGACUCGCAGCUAGCAUUCGCUUGGCUCAGAAUAACAAGCUCAGUCCGGUCAUCUACGAGCUCCGCAAUCCAAAGACUGCGGGUCUCGGGGGCUCUAUAGGUAUCCCUGCAAAUGGUGUGCGUGUCCUUCACCGUCUGGGCCUCUGGGACACGAUACGUCCACGCAGCGUCGAUAUUAUCAAUACCGUCCUGCAUUCCACUUCUGGCAGUGUUUUGAGCGAAGUCGACAUUGCUACAGAAGCCAAGAAAAAGACAGGGUUCGGGUAUCUCCGCAUCAACAGAGUGGAUCUGGUGGAGUGUUUACGAGACGGUACUGAAAAAUACCAGAUCCCGAUUCAUUAUGAUAAACAAAUCACGUCCAUCAGCGACAACGGCUAUUCUGUCACUGUAACCUUUUCCGAUGGCACUAGUGACACAGGAUCUCUUCUCCUGGGUUGUGAUGGCAUCCAUUCGGCAGUACGCAAGCUGCACAUCGAUGCAGAAAUUGCGCCCGUGUACUCGGGUAUCUCGGCGAUCUCGUCAAUCGUUGACGACGUGAAGGAUCGAGACCCCAAAGACGCGGUCUGCCUGCAUUCGACACUCACGCCCCAUGGAAUGUUGGCGACUGCACCCUGCGCUGCCAAUCAGAUUUUCUGGUUCUUCAGUAAGGAGGUGCCGCUGCCAGCGGGAUCGACCUCGGCCGAUGUCCGUGAUGGUUGGUUGCUUCACCGCCAAAAGGAACUGGCCGAAUGCCGAACUUCGCUAGCCACUGUUUUGAAGUGCGUGCAGGGCCAAUGGGGCCAAUAUUUGCAGCGACUUGUGGAUGCUAGCCAAGACAUUCAUUUCUAUCCGCAUUAUCGCCUGCCACUAUGUGGUCGUUGGUUUGUUCCCUCAGAUGCUCCUCAGGGAUCCCCCCGCGUCUUGCUGAUGGGAGAUGCCGCGCAUGCCGUGCAACCCCACGCCGGGCAGGGCGUGGCACUCGCGUUCGAAGAUGUGAUCCUAUUGUCUGGUUUGUUAGCCCAGUAUCAAGCUGGGGACCAUCAUAACCUGCAGGAGGUCUUUGGCAAAUUCGAUCAGAUUCGUCGGCCGCGGAUCCAGCACAUCAAUGAGGUUGCAUUGCGCAAUGGUAAAAUGCGCCGAAAUCAGUCACCGUGGGCAGUUUGGUGCAAGGAGUGGUACAUGUGGACUAUGUUACGUGUCAAUCGGUUCUGGGGCAUGUCUAUGUCCGGGGUGUUGAAUGGAGAUGUCUUAUAUGACGUGGAAGCGGAAUUAAAGCAGGUAGAUCAAAAGGCCUAA